AUGAAGUUUCUCCAGGAAAGUCGGGACAGAAACACGCACCGUGGGGCUGAGCACCGCUGGGCAAUUCCGGCUGACGCAGCGGUGCUGCGCGGAAAACCCGCACAUGGCUUUGGGGACACGCACACACACGCGGAUCGGGGGGACGCGCACGUUCGGGGCUUUGGGGACCGCACAGACUCGGGGUUUGGGGAGCGCACAGACACCCGCGGAUUCGGGGACAGGCACACACAGGGAUUUGGGGAAGUCGCACCCACACGCGGAUUCGCGGACACGCACACACCCCGGCCCGCCGGCGUGCAGCCCGUACAACAUGGCAGGUCGGCGGCGAGCGCUCGGCCGGCCCCGCGGCCCCGCCGCCCGGGGAGCCCCUCGGGCCCGGCGGGGGCUGGCGGAAGCCUCGAGCCGACGGGCACAAGGAGAAAGGAGAAAGUUUUCCCCCUCCCACCGCGGCCCAGCGGAAAGUUACCGCCGCCCCCGCGCCGCCUCAGCCCCCGGCCCGCCAGCGCCGGCCUCCCCGCCCCCGCUGACAGCCCCGCGCCCCUUCCCCGCCGGCCCCGGAACGCGGCAGCGCCCGACCCGCGGCAUCGCCUCAGAGAACCCCCCGGCCCGCGCCCCGCGGCGGUGACAGCCCCGCCGCGCUCACCUCAGGCAGCAAACCGAGUAAGGAAUGUGUCAGGGACUACGAGAACGUUCCCAUUCCUUGUGUUUCUACAUGAAAUGCAUUUCUAGCCACACCCAUAAGGAACUUGUCUCUCCAGACACUACACAGUAGGGUAAGUGAGAGACCAAGAGCCUAGAAUGUCACUAUUCACUACAACAAGAUGCUCUGUGUUCAGUGGCGUGUCCUUAAAUUUUUUGGUGUGCUGGUAGAGACUUUUCUAAAUCAAUUUUUGAUAUAUUUUAAUCCUGGAAAUGCUUUUCAAAUAAAUAGCAAUACUGAACUCCA